GCUCCCCGCCGUCGCCCUCCCCCGGGGUUGCGGCCACGCGCGUCGGCGGCGGUGGUUCCGCUUCCCCUCCGGCCUGGGCCGUCGCCAUUGCCGAAGGCUCCCUGCCCUCCCCGCCCGGCGCCGCGGGGCUCGGCUGCCGCCCGGCCCAGCAGCAGCAGCAGCAGCGGCGGCGGCGGCGGCGCUCCAGCGCGGCUCCGCUUCCCGCCCCGCGUCCGCGGCCCUCCCCGCCCCGCGGCCCGCGCUCGCUCGGGCGGCUCCGGAGCCCGUCGGGAGCUCGGCCGGAGGCUCCUCGCCGGGGCGGGACCUCUCCUCGCCCGGGGCCGCAUCAUAAUCCUGAAUCAUGUCUGAUAACGGAGAACUGGAAGACAAGCCGCCAGCGCCCCCCGUGCGGAUGAGCAGCACCAUUUUUAGCACCGGAGGCAAAGACCCCUUGGCGGCCAACCACAGUUUGAAACCUUUGCCCUCUGUUCCAGAGGAAAAAAAGCCCAGGAAUAAAAUCAUCUCUAUAUUCUCAAGCACAGAGAAAGGAAGUAAGAAGAAAGAGAAGGAAAGGCCCGAAAUCUCUCCUCCAUCUGACUUUGAGCACACCAUCCAUGUUGGCUUUGAUGCUGUUACUGGAGAAUUCACUGGCAUGCCUGAGCAGUGGGCUCGAUUGUUACAGACCUCCAACAUCACCAAACUAGAGCAAAAGAAGAAUCCUCAGGCUGUGCUGGAUGUCUUAAAGUUCUAUGACUCCAACACAGUGAAGCAGAAGUACCUGAGCUUUACCCCUCCUGAGAAAGAUGGUUUCCCUUCUGGAACACCAGCACUGAGUACCAAGGGAUCGGAAACGUCAGCAGCGGUGACGGAGGAAGAGGACGAUGAUGACGAGACUCCGCCUCCUGUUAUCGCCCCGCGGCCGGAUCACACAAAAUCCAUUUAUACACGGUCUGUAAUUGAUCCUAUUCCUGCACCAGCUGGUGAUGCUAAUGUUGAUGGUGGUGCCAAGACUUCAGACAAACAGAAAAAGAAGGCCAAAAUGACCGAUGAAGAGAUUAUGGAGAAAUUAAGAACUAUUGUAAGCAUAGGUGACCCUAAGAAAAAAUAUACAAGAUAUGAAAAAAUCGGGCAAGGGGCUUCUGGCACAGUUUUCACUGCUACUGAUGUGGCAUUGGGACAAGAGGUUGCUAUUAAGCAGAUUAAUUUACAGAAACAGCCAAAGAAGGAAUUGAUCAUUAAUGAGAUUCUGGUGAUGAAAGAAUUAAAGAAUCCCAACAUAGUUAACUUCUUGGACAGUUACCUGGUGGGAGACGAGUUGUUUGUGGUGAUGGAGUACCUUGCUGGGGGAUCACUUACUGAUGUUGUAACAGAGACCUGCAUGGAUGAAGCACAGAUUGCUGCUGUGUGCAGAGAGUGUUUACAGGCAUUGGAGUUUUUACAUGCUAAUCAAGUGAUCCACAGAGACAUCAAAAGUGACAAUGUGCUUUUGGGCAUGGAAGGAUCUGUUAAACUUACUGACUUUGGUUUCUGUGCCCAGAUCACCCCUGAACAGAGCAAGCGAAGUACUAUGGUUGGAACGCCAUACUGGAUGGCACCAGAGGUGGUUACGCGGAAAGCUUAUGGCCCUAAAGUAGACAUCUGGUCUCUGGGUAUUAUGGCUAUUGAGAUGGUAGAAGGAGAGCCUCCAUACCUCAAUGAGAAUCCUUUGAGGGCCUUGUACCUGAUAGCAACGAAUGGAACCCCAGAACUUCAGAAUCCAGAGAAACUUUCCCCAAUAUUUCGAGAUUUCUUAAAUCGAUGUUUGGAGAUGGAUGUGGAGAAAAGGGGUUCAGCCAGAGAAUUGUUACAGCAUCCCUUCCUGAAACUGGCCAAACCGUUAUCCAGCUUGACACCGCUGAUCAUGGCAGCUAAAGAAGCAAUGAAGAGUAACCGUUAACAUCAUUGCCAGGGCCUCAUAUUCUUGUUUCCAUUUUCUAAAAGAAGUCUUUUAAUAUAUGAAAAUUAUUAUUCUUUCGGGGUUUAAAGAAAUGAUCUGCGUAACAUGGAGGGAAAAAACCAAACUGCUACUCCCUGAAGAGAACCAAGAAAAAAUUGCAAAACAGAAGGACAGCUUUCUGUCGAAUCCCUUCUUUAGGGUCCAAAAGGAAUUGUGGACUGAAUCACUAGCCUCACGUCUUUCAGCAGAAAGCCCAUCAGGGCCAUUUAUCAUGCUUGAGAUUUGCAUUUUAUUUUGCUGACUUCAUUCUGAUAGAUCCCAUUCAUUGUCCCUUUCGGGGUGUUUUCAAUACUUGAAUGGCAGAUUUGAGUUUUUCAGAGUAUUUGUUUUAUCUGCUAUCUUCUUUUCUCUCUUCUUCAUAGCUUUCUUUUCUUUGACUUGCUCCUUUUGAGUUGCUUUGAGAAAUUGUUUCUUAUGCCUAAAUUGGAGGCAAGUGUGAGAGAACUUAUGUAGCUCCUUAUAUUGGCAGAGGAGUUCAGUAUGGUUUAACUUUGUAUAGAAGUUAGAACCAGCUAUUGUUACUUGCAGUAUUUCAGUUCAGGAUUUGAACUGAAGAAAGGGAAGAAAAGUAUGUGAUUUUUACCUUUUUUAACAAAUGUGAAAGAAUCAGUUUUAAAAAUUUCAUGGUAGUGAGUUGUUUGGCAUUGUUACAUGUAUAGAGAGCGACUAAUAAUCUAUAUUUAUAACUAAGUCGUUGAAACAGAAAAUGAAUCCCUCUGACUAUACAUUCUUACAGUUUUGUUUUCCUUUCUGUGUCCUCUUCAGGUUUGGCUUCAAGAAUGAUUUGUGCCGCUACUUUCCUCUUCCUCCUUUAUUCCCUUCAGUUUGGAAAUAAGUUUCUGUAUAUGUUGUAAUUUUAGCUAGUUUGGUUUUUUAGUUAACCCUCUCUCACCCUACUCCUCCUCCCCUUCCCAUGGUAAAUAAUAUAAUAACCAUUGAAUAUUCAGAGUUUAAAAGUUAACUUUUUUUUUCCAUUUAAAGGUAAAAAAUAUUUGGAGCUAGCAGAGACAAAGUGGAGAGACUUGAACCUUGGUGAGCUCUAAAAUAAUUAGAUAAGGUUAUAUUCAUGAAAGAGAAAUGUCAGUUACUGAGAGAUGCAUCAUCUGACCAGUAGUAAACUGUAGAGAUUUGUUAUAAACAUCGUUCCUAAGCUAUUACCAGCAUUUUACUGUCUGUGAAAACUUAAGUGACAGAGUACUUCUUGGUAAAUUCAUGGGUCAUUUGAGAUGUUGAGUUCCUUUAGAUUUUUUUCAAAUAAGUAAAUAAUAUUCAUGUAAAAAACUGGAGAAAGAAAGAAUAAUGAAAUGUGCUUGUUGAUAGCAAUACUUUUUUUAUUUUAAAGAUUUAAAAAAGGUCUGUGACCUGUAGCAUUAAUUAUUAGAGUGCCCUCUCUCCUCCCUUCCUCUCCUCUCCUUUUCUCUGAUCAUUUUAAUUGUUUGACUUUUGGAGUCAGUAUUGUCCCUUCUGACAUGCCAAGAGCCACAUGAAAGAGAAAAAUCUGUGGUUUGGUUCUGGCUUUUGUCCCCACCAUUGACUCCUAAUUGACUUCACAGCUACUUGCCAUCCUGCAGUAGUACAAAUCAUGAAUAAAGAUAAUUUUGAUGUUUUGGAAUUCAUUAGGAGACUAACAGAGUUUUAUUUCCUAUCAUUUCCAUUAUAGCUGUGUUAAGAUAUAGGUAUAAGAAUAGAAAUGGCUGGUGAUUUUUUUUUUUAAUUGGUAACGCAGGAAGGUUUUCACAGAAAUAAGUAAAAUAAUUAGUGAAACUUGUAUCUAGAGCACUUAAUGGUCUCUGUUUUCAAUUUGAUUCUUGAUUUCAUUGCUCUCUGGAUUAUAUUGGCCUUCUACAGCUAUUACUAAAUUACAGAAACAAGCUGGUUUAUUUUUGGUGGAAAACUGCAGUGUCUCUUGAGUUCCAGAUUUGAACAUUCUUUGUAAAUAGUUGUCUGGAUGGAUUACGAUAAAGAAGAUGCUCCCGAUGAAAUAGAAAAACCAGCCAGAGGACAGAAGACUGGGACCCUCACGACUGCUCUAGAAGGCCCUUCCGUACAUAAGUCGUAAGGACCGUAUUCCCUGAACGCAGUGCCGAUGCCCCGUUUUCAUGCUUGUGACUCAACAACGGUCUUUUCAGUUUAUAGACGCAGUUUGGGAUUUGUAUUUACAACUUCUUUGAUGGUUACCUGCGUGUCCAUUGCUGGCAACGGACUUUGUCAUGAAAACCUGACUCCUAGGUUAAGGGAGCUACACUGUGGUUUAUUCCUUACUUACUUGGAUAAACUAACUUGUAAUAGAAAUAUACUUUGGUUAAUUCCUGAAAUGUGUCAUUUUGAAUAAUCUUAAUCUUAAAAGCAAUACAGAAUUGUGAUUUAUUAAUUUUAAAUUAAAAUGUUCACAUCUUGUUACAAGAAAAA